AUGCCACGUGGCAGUCUGGAGAACCAUCUCUAUAAGAGAUCAAUAUCAGUGGCAGUACUGUCAUGGGGAACAAGGAUGAAGAUUGCGACGGAAGCAGCAAGAGGGCUUGCUUUCCUUUGCGGCGCGGAGAAGCCCAUCAUUUAUCGCGACUUCAAGACAUCCAACAUCCUUCUCGACUCUGACUUCAAUGCUAAGCUGUCCGACUUUGGGCUUGCUAAGAUGAGGCCUUCGGGUGAAGAGACGCAUGUGAGCACUCGGGUGAUGGGGACACAGGGCUACGCCACGCCUGAAUACGUGAUGAAAGGUCACCUGACAACUAAGAACGAUGUGUACAGCUUCGGCAUGGUGCUUCUGGAGCUUUUGACGGGGCGGCGAUCGGUGGACAAGUCGGAGCCAAAGAAGGAGGAGAAGCUGGUGGAAUGGUCCGAGCCCUACUUGAGUAAUAGCCGAAAGCUGCACUGCAUCAUGGAUCCUGAUGCGUAUCAUGGAGAUGGAGAAACUAAGCUAAUUGACAACUACAAUGUUGAUGAUGUGAAUGAUUUUACUGCAGGUGUGGAAAUUGCAGGUGUAAAUUUGGUUGAAAAGGUUGAUCCAACAUCAUGCUCACGUAAUGCUCGACGCAAUGUCGCUACUGUCUUCGGGCAGUUGGUUAUUGACGAUUUCAGUGCUGAUUUUGUCGAGGGAGAUCGAUUCACAGUUCACAUUCUUCAUCUUUUAGAAACCACAAGGCAAGAGCAGCAGUAUGAGCUGUUCAAAGCAUGCGAAGUUGUAUCGUUGCCUAGAAAUGAUCUCCUGUGUAGAGGCAAGGACAAAGAGUUUGUUAUGCAGUGGCUACGGGACCCAUCAAAUGAGCAUCUUGGAACUGAAGCUUUUGCACAGGGUGUAGCUUUUGGCCGAUGGGGCAACGUGGGGAUGAUAAUGAAUACAAGGUCUAAUAGUUCAUUUGAUGAAAACGAACACAUGGUAUUCAAUUGGGGGAAUCCACUUCAUGUCCUUCAUAAACCUCCUCCAAUCCUCGUCGGCCUCCUUAGCCAUGCUUAGCCCACUCAGUAUGUUAAGCAACUAGUGAAACAGUAGAAUAACAUACUAAGGGUCUAGGAGCCAAGGCAUUCAA